CCCAUGAAGUUGUUUUUCUGCUCCAUGUUUUGCUGGCACUAGCCGCGCGGAUACAGUAGUGUCGCGGAGGAAGUAGUUACUAGGAAAAGACUGUAUGGUUGUUAUGGCAGCAUGCGACAUUGACAACGCUUCGACCGAAGAAGUGAAAGCUGCCAGGUCAAAGCUGACCAAAUCGGAGCGUAAAGCUCGUCGGAAAGUGGCGAGGUGUGCCCGCAUUAUCCGCGAAAGCAUCGGCGUCGACGUAUCCGACCAUCCGACGAGGUUUUUGGUGCUCAACAACUGCGGAACGGUUUGUGGUGGGAACUGUGAAGCCAUCUACGGCGACCUUCACUGCUACGGCAGCAUACAGGACAUUCUUCUAAUUCCCGCUCAACCAUUCGCUGUCGUGGUAUUCGAGGACACCAGCUCCAGUGCUGCUGCAGCCGAUUACCUGAGCGGCAACGUACCGUCGUUUUCCAAAGACCCCGUGUUUCCUGCGUUCAUCGAACGAGCACCGAGCGUCGGCACAAACACAUGCAGCAACCUUUUCGAUGACACUAAUGUGCCACAAGGACUGAAGCUUCUCAAAGAUGCAAUCAGUGAGCACGAAGAGACUGUCUUGGCACAACUGAUAACGUGGGGCGACUGCGAAGAGUCGAAAGCUCUUCGUCAGCGAGAAGUGCGACAUUUCGGGUACGCAUUCGACUACAGCCUUCAGGGCGUGCAGAAAGACGCGCCACUCUCUGAAGGCAUUCCCGACGAAUGUGUGCCAUUCCUGGAUCGGCUUGUCGCUGCUGGUCACCUAGACCGACUUCCCGACCAGCUGACCGUGACACGCUACCUCCCUGGGCAAGGAAUACCGCCCCACGUCGACAGCCACGAAUCCUUUGAUGACGACAUUGUGCUUCUCAGCCUAGGCUCCCCGAUUGUGAUGAACUUUCGGCACUCCGAUGGCCGGCAAGCGGCGCAGGUGCUGCCCCCUCGCAGCGCGCUUAUUUUGUCCGGCGACAGCCGCUACGUGUGGACUCAUGGGAUCGCGUCACGCAAGUUUGACGUCGUUCCAAGAUCCGACGGAUUGGACAGAGGCAUAACUCUUUCCCAGCGCGGCAUCCGGAUUUCGUACACAUUCAGACACAUACGAAAGGGGAGUUGCAGAUGUGGAAACGCCUUGCUUUGCGACUCUCAUCGUUUUGGGAACCAGGACAAUGCAACUGCCCUGAGACUAGAAACGGAACAUGUCUACAAGGUCUACGAAAACAUAGCAGAGCAGUUCAGCGACACGAGGUAUAAGCAGUGGCCCCGGGUGGCAGAGUUCCUCGACUCCUUGGAACAGGGUUCGCUCUUGCUCGAUGCUGGCUGUGGCAACGGAAAGUACCUCACGCAUCACAGCAAGCUCGUAAAGCUGGGUUUCGACCGUAGCCAAGGCCUUUGCAACAUUUGUCGGCAGCGAGGACUGGAAGUUCUUCAAGCCGACACGUUGCAGAUACCAUUUAGAAACGGUGUCUUUGAGGCGUGCAUCAGCAUUGCUGUAAUACAUCAUUUGUCCACCGUGGAGCGUCGACAGGCAGCAGUGCAUGAAAUACUACGCGUGCUGAGGCGUGGUGGACGCGCACUCGUUUACGUCUGGGCCCUGGAGCAGAACAACCCCAGUGGCGACGAAAAAAACUCCCCGUCGAAAUACCUCAACCCCAACAAAGCAGCUGCGGUGGACUGCGGUGAACCUGUGGAGGCUCCGGAAAGUGCAUCACUGCCUGUACAUUGCAAUCGGACUCAGUUUCAGGCCCGUGACAUGCUGGUGCCCUGGCAUUCCAAGAGCACACAAGAAACCCACUACAGGUACUACCACUUGUUCCAGCAGGGAGAACUUCGAGAACUGCUCGAAAGCGUGGCACCCGGCUGUGUACAAACCGAGUAUCACGAUCAGGGAAACUGGUGCGCGGUGAUCGUCAAGCGAGGAUCGCCUGCAGAUGAAGCCAGCAAUGCCAGCUAACGCAUAGAAACCACGAUGUGUACCAGUAAAGUAAGAUUUAAAGAAA